ACUUUCCCAUUGCACUAAGCUACAGAGGGGUGCUGUGGGUCGUCAGUAACCAGCGUGGCAGCCGUUGUUUAGGUGUCCUGCCUUUUUUUUUUUACCGGGAUAGUUUUAAUAUCACAGAAUUGUCAAAAUGUCUAGCAAAAGGGCUAAGGGAAAAACCACCAAAAAGCGCCCCCAGCGGGCCACGUCAAACGUGUUUGCCAUGUUCGACCAGUCCCAGAUCCAGGAAUUCAAAGAAGCCUUCAACAUGAUCGAUCAGAACCGUGAUGGCUUCAUUGAUAAGGAGGAUCUGCAUGAUAUGUUGGCUUCAUUAGGUAAGAACCCCACAGAUGAAUACCUCGAGGCGAUGAUGAAUGAAGCCCCUGGUCCCAUUAACUUCACCAUGUUCCUCACAAUGUUUGGAGAGAAGCUUAAUGGCACAGAUCCUGAGGAUGUUAUCAAAAACGCAUUUGCUUGCUUUGAUGAGGAGGGGACGGGUUUUAUUCAGGAGGACUACCUGAGGGAGCUCUUGACCACUAUGGGAGACAGGUUCACAGACGAAGAAGUAGACCAGCUGUUUAGAGAGGCCCCUAUUGACAAGAAAGGAAACUUCAACUACGUAGAAUUCACACGCAUCCUGAAACACGGUGCUAAAGAUAAGGAUGAUUAGGACAAGGCCAAACCCUACUGAAACUAAUGAAAACUACACUGUAACACUACAACAUGUUUAAUUGUCUUCUUUUCCCCACAUUCAUGGGCUAGUGCAAAGGGAUACAUUCAUCAGCAAGGCAAAAUCAUUUGACUCUACUGGACCUUCUCUUAAACAGUCUAAGGAGACUUGUACAUAACUAUGAAAUAAAUAGACAUGUAAUCUGUGGUAAACCUCAAAGUGAAUGAAUGCUGUUCUGGUAUGUAAAUGUUGAGAAAUAAAUUGCGGAAUUAUUCAAUGUAGUCUGGAGUUGCUGGAUAUUUACACUUUGUAAUAAACCA